CCGUCGAUCCUGCACACCCCAGCGAUGCCCGCCCCGCUGGAGACCUGCCUCUCCGACCUCGACUGCGCCAACAGCAGCGAACUGUCCGGCUUCCUCACCGACGAGGAAGACUGUGCCAGGUUCCCGUCUCCAGCUUCCGCCUCGGGGCCGCCCGCGCCGGCCCGCAGGGGUGCCCGGGGGAUGCCCGCGGCGACCGAUGUUCCAGUGGCUCAGGACGAGGAGCAGGAGCGACGGCGGCGCCGCGGCCGCGCGCGGGUGCGCUCUGAGGCGCUGCUGCACUCGCUGCGCAGGAGCCGGCGCGUCAAGGCCAACGACCGGGAGCGCAACCGCAUGCACAACUUGAACGCCGCGCUGGACGCGCUGCGCAGCGUGCUGCCCUCCUUCCCCGACGACACCAAGCUCACCAAGAUCGAGACUCUGCGCUUCGCCUACAACUACAUCUGGGCGCUGGCCGAAACCCUGCGGCUAGCAGACCAAGGGCUGCCCGGGAGCGGUGCCCGGGAGCGUCUCCUGUCUCCACAGUGCGCCCCCUGCCUGCCCAGACCCCCGAGCCCGGCCAGCGACGCAGAAUCCUGGGGCUCCGGUGCUGCCGCCUCCCCCUGCGCCGCCGCCGCCUCGCCACUCUCUGACCCCAGUAGCCCUGCAGCCUCUGAAGACUUCCCCUAUGGCCCUGGUGACCCCCUUUUCUCCUUCCCUGGCCUGCCCAAAGACUUGCUCCACACGACACCGUGCUUCAUCCCUUACCACUAGGCCCUGUGCAGACAACGUUACCUUCCUCCUCCCCCAGUCAACGGCAAUA